CAGAAGAAUAAGAGUAAGGUUGAAUGUUGAAUGCAGUAGAUUUUUAAGUUAAAUGUAGCUAAAUUAAUGUCCUAAACCCACUGCAAAUUAGAGAAAAUAAAUAUUAGUUGUAUUAAUUGUAUGUAAACUAAAGCAGCGGUAACGUAAGAUCGUAAAGUAAAUUUAUAUCAAGUUACGAACGUAAGGGGCUGAUUUUGUGAUACCAGUAUUUGAGGUUACGUACUAACAAACUGAUAAGAAACAGAAGUCAGGACUGGAAAUACAAAUUGAGGUGCUGAAAAUAAUUAUGGAAUUUAAUAGAGCCGAUCAUCCUCAUACCAGAUACAAUCCCUUGAAAGGUGAAUGGGUUCUCGUAUCACCACACAGGUCAAAGCGACCUUGGUAUGGUCAGGUGGAAGAUGCCCCCGAAGAAAAUAGCAUAGAAUAUGAACCUAAAAAUCCUCUGUGUCCAGGAUCCACAAGACCUAAUGGACAGGUAAAUCCCAACUACCAGUCUACAUUUACAUUCAUCAAUGAUUUUCCAGCACUUCUUGAAGAUGUUCCUAGCACACCACCAAGCAACGAUCUGUUAUUUCAGACGGAGAGUGCUCGAGGAACGUGCAAAGUCAUGUGUUUCCAUCCAAAGUCAGAUGCGACUCUUCCCCUUAUGACAGUAACAGAGAUUCGAGAAGUGAUUGACAGAUGGAUUGAAGAGCUCACUGAACUUGGUAACAAGUACAUAUGGGUCCAGAUAUUUGAGAAUAAGGGUGCCAUCAUGGGUUGUUCUAACCCACAUCCUCACUGUCAGAUUUGGGCCUCGUCUUUCUUCCCAAAUGAACCGCGCAUCAAGGAACACUAUCAGCUUGAGUACUACAAGAAAUUUAAGCGACCCUUGCUUAUGGAUUAUGUUGCAAAGGAAUUAGAGAAAAAGGAACGAAUUGUGACUGAGAAUGCUGACUGGGUGGUUGUCGUGCCUUACUGGGCUGUAUGGCCAUAUGAGACUAUGUUACUUCCAAAAGCCCACUUGAAACGGUUCACUGAUUUGAAUGGCAACCAGCGGGACAGUCUUGCAGCCAUCAUCAAGGUGCUCACUUCAAAAUAUGAUAAUCUGUUCUACACAUCCUUUCCAUACUCUAUGGGAUGGCAUGGAGCUCCAACUGGCCCAAAACUUCAGGAGGAUGUAAGCCACUGGGUGUUUCAUGGAAUUUAUUAUCCUCCACUCCUGCGUUCUGCCACAGUUAAGAAGUUUCUGGUUGGGUAUGAAAUGCUUGCUCAGAAUCAACGAGAUUUAACACAAGAACAAGCUGCAGAGCAACUACGAAAUUUACCAGAUAUCCAUUAUAAAGAAUCAAAGAAAUGAAAACAUUGUAGAUGAAAGGAGAUGAAAUAGUUGUUGGUUCUCUUGUUACAACAACUGAAGAAUCCAAACCAGUCAUAUAUUUUACUAUCUGACACUGCAUUAAAGAUAGUUACUUUUCUCAUUUGUGCAUACAUAAAAAUGUGGGCCACUGGAAUUUCGUUGCCGCUGUUGGUGGAAAAAAUGUGACAGCAACAACGUAAUGACAGUCAGCAAGCUGAAACAUUGUAAACCAACCAAGAAUCCUAAUUUUAGGAGAACAUAAAUCGUAUAUGGGUCUAUAUCAAAUGUAUAUGCUUGUAAAAAGCAGCAAUAAAUAAUUCCUCUUUUCUGAUGUAUAUUAAUUACUUCAUGUUCACAGAUCACACCCACCAAUUCCUUCAUAC